AAUCAGCCCUGGCCCAGUGAUACGCUCUUGCCUGGCAUAUAUAUGCACCCCUAUUCCGGUGUUAUUCGCCAUACUCGCUGAAAACCUCCAUCAGUAUACACCAUGUCGACUCAACGCCCAAUUCUCAUCUCCGGCGCGGGCCUUGCCUCGCUCCUCCUUGCCCAGUCCCUCCGCCGCAGCGCCAUCCCUUUCCGCGUCUACGAGCGCGAUGCAUCUCUUAAAUUCCGCGGCCAAGGGUACAGGCUGCGUCUUUCGGACGAGGGCCUAGAUGCUAUUGAGUCCGUGCUGGGCCCCGAGGACUUCGCACGCUUCUACGACAAGUGCGGCAAGACGGGGGGUGCUGGACUCACCGGUCUCGAUGCCGUCACUGGAGAGCCAGCAGAGAGCAUGCUGGGCGGGAACAGACAAGAGCUCACAAGCCGGGACAGCAAGACGGUGGGCAUCGCAAGAGGGGAGAUGCGCCAGCUGUUCUUUGAAGGGCUGGAGGACCACGUUGAGUUUCAGCGCCAGGUCACGGCAUAUGAGCUGGUCGACGGGGGUGUCCGAGCGGUGUUUUCGGACGGGACCAAGUCGGAAGUGGGCGAGAUGCUGGUUGGCGGGGAGGGUAUCAAGUCCAGGGUGGCGAAGCAAGUCUCGGGUGGCCGACUAGUGGUCUACGAUACCGGCGCAAGAGGGAUUCACGGCCAGGCACCAACGGGCGCCUUCAAGGGUCUGGACGAGGGCGUCUACAUGAUUACAGACCACUCGAAAGGGAAGGACUCGAGGGUCCGCAUAAUCACAAACGUGCGCCCGAACGACGCUGACAACCCCGACGUCGAGUACGGCUGGACCAUGGCGGGGCCCCCAGGUCUGAUCAAGGCACCCAACGAUGACUACAGCAUCGUGGGAGAUACGGCAGCAGACCUGGCCAAGAAGCUCACAGAGAACUGGCACGAGAAAUUCCGACCGUUGUUUGAGCAGAUGAACACCAAGGAGGCCGCGUUCUGGAAGAUCACCUGCUCGACACCUUCGGGGGUUCCAGAGUGGCCCAAUGAGCCUCGAGUGACGGUCAUUGGAGACGCGGCACACUCGAUGACACCCGCCGGUGGCAUUGGGGCCAAUACUGCCGUACAAGACUCGCUGCUGCUCGGCCGUUUACUGAGGGAGGCAAAUGGGUGGAAGGAGGGUAUCACCGCUGAAUAUGAGAAGCGGAUGCGGGUAUAUGGGAGUGCGGCUGUUGCAAAGAGCUACGGGCUUGCUACAGAGGGCUUUCAGGUUAAGAUCGUGGAAGGAGAGACCCCAACACUGUCGGCGUGAUAACAUGAACUUGCUAGAUGGUGCAAAUGAGGUUUUUCGUUGUGGCUAGUUAUAACUUGAUUGAUGGAGAGGCAGGG